UCAAGCACAAAAAUCGCAGUUACUUUGUCUCAAGCACAAGCAUUCGAUAUGGCCCCGAUUUCAAAGACGAAGGAAGAAGUACAGAAGAAGCGUGGUCGCCCGAAAGGUGCAAAAAACAAGUCUUUGGCGCUGGCUUCAAAAUCAAAGAAGAUUGGAGAAGCGCAGAAGAAGCGUGGUCGGCCUAAGGGAGCAAAAAACAAGACUGUUGAUCCAUCGUCCAAAAUCGCUAAGCCUAAGAAAAUUGGCAAGACAAAGGCUGCCGAAAAGCGCGGUCGACCUCGAACCAAGACAGAUGCAGAAUAUCCCGUGAAAUUCGUUGACCUUGUCCUCAGAGCCUUCAAGGCUUUAAACAACCGAAAAGGAUCAUCUCUUCAGGCAAUUAAGAAAUACCUAAAGGAAAAUGAAGGAAUUGAUUCGCAGAAGAAGGCCGUCUACAUUAACAAGUCUGUACGAAAGUUGACGGAAGAUGGAACUCUACGUCAUCGUGCGGGAAUUGGGGCCAGAGGGAGUUUCAAACUAGUUUCAGCAUAGUUGCGGCAAGGCGCCGUUUGAAUUUAUAAUAAGUGUUUAAGU